AUGGAGCGCGCGGUGGGGCCCUGGGGUCCGGAUCUCCGUGCCUCAGAGGAGAGAGAGCAGCUGAGAGGCGCCCGCACAGGUCUAGGGAGUGAGCAUGCGGAGAUUUCUCAGCCAGAUGAGCUUGAACAUGCCCCACAGGAGGAUGACUUGGAGUUCAAGGAAGAGGAAGAUUUGGCCCCAGGUCACGAAGUAGGAAAUGCCUCUCUCAAACCUGAAGGCAUUCAGACCUGGGAUGACCUGUGGGUCCAGAGGGAGGGACCUGGAAAACCUCAGGCUCGGGACAGAGGCCCUCGGCUCCUAGGAGAACCACGCUGGGGCCAGGCUAGUGAUCGGGCUGCUGUAUGUGGCGAGUGUGGCAAGAGCUUUCGGCAGAUGUCAGAUCUGAGUUCAGACCUGGUGAAACACCAGCGGACACACACGGGCGAGAAGCCGUACAAGUGUGGCAUCUGUGGCAAGGGCUUUGGCGACAGUUCUGCCCGCAUAAAGCACCAGCGGACGCACCGAGGGGAGCAGCCCCCCCGGCCCCCCUUUGGCUGCGAUGUGUGUGGAAAGGAGUUUGCCCGGGGCUCAGAUCUGGUGAAGCACCUGCGAGUGCACACGGGAGAGAAGCCCUACCUCUGCCCCGAGUGUGGCAAGGGCUUCGCUGACAGCUCUGCGCGGGUCAAGCACCUCCGCACCCACAACCCGGCGCGCCCACACGCGUGCCGGGACUGCGGCCGCGCCUUUGCACGCCGCUCCACACUGGCCAAGCACGUCCGCAUACACACGGGCGAGCGGCCCUUUGCGUGCACCGAGUGCGGCCGGCGCUUCUCGCAGAAGUCGGCGCUGACCAAACACAGCCGCACCCACACGGGCGAACGGCCUUACGAGUGUCCGGAAUGCGACAAGCGCUUCUCCGCCGCCUCGAAUCUGCGGCAGCACCGGCGGCGCCACACGGGGGAGAAGCCGUACGCAUGCGCACAAUGCGGCCGCCGCUUCGCGCAGAGCUCCAACUACGCACAGCAUCUGCGCGUGCACACGGGCGAGAAGCCGUACGCGUGCCCGGACUGCGGACGCGCCUUCGGCGGCAGUUCAUGCCUGGCGCGCCACCGACGCACGCACACAGGCGAGCGGCCGUACGCCUGCGCCGACUGCGGCACGCGCUUCGCCCAGAGCUCGGCGCUGGCCAAGCACCGGCGCGUGCACACGGGCGAGAAGCCGCACCGCUGCCCCGUGUGCGGCCGCGGCUUCGGCCACCGCUCCAACCUGGCGGAGCAUGCGCGCACGCAUACCGGCGAGCGGCCCUAUCCCUGCUCCGAGUGCGGUCGGCGCUUCCGCCUCAGCUCGCACUUCAUCCGCCACCGUCGCGCGCAUAUGCGGCGCCGUCUCUAUAUCUGCGCCGGCUGCGGCCGGGACUUCAAGCUACCAGCUGGAGCCACUGCCACCGAGCGCUGCCCAGAUUGUGAGGGCAGCUGA